UACAUAUGUUCUACAGCUGGCAACAUAAUUUUCGAAGUUUUCUAAAGCGACGUCUUUUUCGUAAAACAAACUUAAUUUAUUUUAAAAUAAUGUUUUUAAAUAAAUUUUCUUUAGUUUCAGCAUUUUAAAUGCAAGCUUUAUGCUUUUCGUUGUUGCAAUAUUUUAUGAAUUAAAAAUUUCAUCGUUGAUAUCAAACAUAUUUUAAAAAUAAAAAGAUAUUGCCAACAUGUCAUCUGGUAUUACUAAAAUUUUGCCAAGCAAUGGAUCGCAUAUGAUGAGUCCUUCAGACAUGCAAGAACUUCCUGUAAACAUACCCGGAAACCAACGUGAUAGAGAAGGCUCUAAUGGUCGCCGCUUGCCAGAUGACGCAUCUAAUAAUGCUGCACAGUCUGCAGCGGGUGGUAACAAUGUUGUUAAUUAUUCUGGUCAAAUUAUGUUCAACUGGCAGGCAUCCCGCCUCACAGUUAAAGAUAGAUUGGCUUUUAUUUUCAAUAAAGAAAUACUUAGUGAUGUUCAUUUCAUUGUUGGCAAAGGCGCACAGCAACAGAGAAUACCUGCUCAUAAAUUUAUAUUAUCAGUUGGUAGUGCCGUGUUUGAUGCUAUGUUUAAUGGUGCAAUGGCCACCACUUCUGAUGAGAUUGAGCUUCCUGAUGUUGAACCUGCCGCUUUUCUCGCUCUGCUUAGAUUUUUAUACUCUGAUGAAGUCCAGAUAGGUCCAGAGACUGUGAUGAUGACUUUGUAUACAGCUAAAAAAUAUGCUGUGCCUGCUCUUGAAAAAGCUUGUGUUGAUUUUUUAAAAUCCAAUCUGAGCAGUGAUAAUGCCUUUAUGCUCUUGACUCAAGCUCGAUUGUUUGAUGAACCUCAACUAGCAGCCCUUUGCCUAGAAACUAUAGAUAAGUAUACCUCGGAAGCACUAGGUGCUGAAGGUUUUACAGACAUUGAUCACGAAACCUUAUGUGUAGUUUUAGAAAGAGAUACCUUGAGAAUUAGAGAAGCUAAACUUUUUAAUGCUGUUGUAAGAUGGGCAGAACAAGAAAGUAUUCGUCAAAAUUUGACUGUAAAUGCAGAAAAUCUACGCUUACUUUUGGGACGGGCUCUACAUUUAAUAAGAUUUCCUAUAAUGACCGUUGAAGAAUUUGCAGUCGGACCCGCACAAGCCAAUAUUUUGACUGAUAAGGAAAUUGUUUCAUUAUUUCUUUACUUUACUGUUAACCCAAAACCACCGAUAAAUUUUCCAGAUGUGCCCCGCUGUUGCAUUACUGGUAAAGAACAGACUGUUUGUCGUUUCCAACAAUCUGAAAGCCGUUGGGGCUACAGUGGAACAAGUGAUAGAAUAAGAUUUAUGGUUGAUCGAAAAAUAUAUGUUGUUGGAUUUGGACUGUAUGGAUCUAUCCAUGGACCAGCAGAUUAUACAGUAAAUAUACAGAUUAUUCAUACAGGUACUGGAAAAUUGUUAGGUUCUAAUGAUACAAGCUUUAGCUGUGAUGGAUCUGCCUCUACAUUCCGAGUGAUGUUUAAAACUCCAGUAGAAAUUAUACCUAGUAAUAAUUAUACUGCAUGUGCCACUUUAAAAGGUCCUGAUUCACACUAUGGAACCAAGGGCUUACGAAAAAUUACUUUAGAUUGUCCAAGUGGAGGAAAGGUUACAUUUUUAUAUACGUAUGCUGCAGGGAACAACAAUGGUACUUCUGUUGAAGAUGGACAGAUUCCUGAAAUAAUUUUUUACACUUAAGAUUACAUUAGAUGAUUUAUUGGUGAAAAGCCUGUUUGUGUGAUAUCAUGUAACUAUGUAUGAAUGUUUAUAAUGUUUUUGUGUACUGUGUACUCUGUUUUGAUUUAAGCAGAUGCAAAGUCUCCCAUUAAAAAUGGUUGUGCCAAUAUUA